UGCCUCAGGGCACGGUGAACAUGAACCUGUGUACAGACGUCAUAGACGCUGAGCCCAAGACGGGCCAGAAGAACUCUCUGUGCAUUAUCACCCCGGACCAGGAGUACUUCAUCAGAGGAGAGAAUAAAGAGAUCAUUAAUGGGUGGAGUGAACAGCUGGUGGUGUACCCCCGGACCAAUAAGCAGAACCAGAAGAAGAAACGCAAAGUGGAGCCUACGACCUCCCAGGAGCCAAGGCCCAGCCAAGGUAGCAGUGACCGGCUCUGGUAUCCCUGAGGCGGAGAAGGUUCCAGACUCGAGCUCCAUUAUCUGGCAGGAGGAGCUGAACCAGAGAGAAGCGGAGGGGGCUGCUGUCUGGGCCCCUGCUGACCUGCCUCCAGGAUCCCCGCUGCCCCUCGCGAGUGACUGUGUGCCUCUAGCACAGGGUUCUGACGCAGGCUCAGUGAAUGGCGACGAGGUGGACAGAGGCAGCCUGCCACUGCAUGGCUCUGCUCCCCAGCCCCCCAGUGACCUGCUCUCCCCGACAGGCUCAUGCUCCAGCUUGGGGGGGGUCCCGCGUUGCCUCUCCCCAGCCCCCAGUGACCCCUUCCCCUCCGGCAGCUCCCUGCUCUCUAACGGCUCCCACAUUAGCGGCUCGGUAAGCUCUCUGGACUCGGACGCCAGCGGCAGCACGGUGACCAGCACCGACAGCCACCCGGCCAACCAGAGGGGCAGCCACACCUACAGCCACCACGACACGCCGCGAUCCCGGCGGCUGGAGGCCGAGGCCAGAAAGGCAGAGAAGAGGAGCCGCUUUAGGAGCCCUGACAGGCAGGAGAGGGAGGCCGUCCUCAGCCCCGAGAGGAGUCGCUCCGGUGUUAUUGAGAAGUUGGAGGCUUUGGAGCUGGAGAAUCCAGAGAAAAUGGAGGUGGAGGAGUCGGGGAGGAACGCCAGACAGGGCCGAAGUGAGCACAGACGCUUCCACAGAGAGGAGCAAAGGCAUGGCGUGGGCCAGGGUCUGGAUUUUCCCUCCACCAUGCCGCCUCUGAGGAGAGCCAAGUCCCUGGACAGAAGGACCACAGAGUCAGUCAUGACGCCGGAUUUGCUGAAUUUCAAGAAAGGUUGGAUGGUGAAGCUGGACGAGCAAGGCCAGUGGAAGAAAUACUGGUUUGUUUUGACUGAUCACAGCCUGAGAUACUACAAGGAUUCAAUUGCAGAGGAGGCCUCUGACCUGGAUGGGGAGAUUGACCUGUCUACUUGCUGCAAUGUAACUGAAUACCAGGCUCAACGCAACUAUGGUUUCCAAAUACAUACCCAGGAGGGAGUGCACACUCUGUCGGCCAUGACAGCAGGUAUACGCAGGAACUGGAUCCAGGCAGUCAUGAAGAACGUCAGACCCUCCACUGCCCCUGAUGUGGCAAGCUCAACUGAGGAUCAUGGCUCCUUUUCUUCUUUGGAGGCUCUGGUAAGGCCAGACGUCACCCAGGAAUCUCUCUCCUCUGAGGCCUCGUCUGUGGAGAGAGAAUCCGUACCGGGUGUCAUAAAGAGCCGGGCGCGUGAACGCAGACGAGAAGGCCGCUCUAAGACCUUUGACUGGGCAGAGUUCAGGCCCAUCGCUCAGGCUCUGGCUCAGCAGCGAGCACAGGAGGCUGAGAGCCUCCAGGCGGACCUGGGAGAGCUCGAGCGCAGUCGGAGAAGAGAGGAGAGGCGGAAGAGGUAUGAGUCUGUGACCAGCUCAUCGGCAGGGGAUAUAUCCGUUAAAGAAGGAGGGAGGACAGACUGUGAGAGUGGAGAGGGAGCCGGACGACCCCAUUCACCAGGUCCCGUGUCUUUGGAGACGCAGCAGAGGGUGGAGGAGGUGAUUGAACAACACUGGCAACAGGUGGAGAAGACACCCAUACGGGAGGAGAGGAGGGUACCUUUGCCCACCACAGUGCAAUCCGGAGAGACUGCAGAGCUGGAGCGGCUACUAGAGAAUUACAAGCAAGGGAUAGAGGACCUGAAGGCACAGUUGGAGAGCUGUCACCAGCAGCUCCUCGACUCAAACAAGCACAAACAGGAGCUGGAGCUCCAGCUGAGAACGGCACUGGCAAGAGAGCAGGACGUCCGGACAGGUUACAUCUCUCCGCUGGAGCACCCUUUGGGUCUGGAGGCUGAUGUGAUGCCCCAGACGAAGAGGCCUGAACUGGCCACCUGUGAGAGGGGCUUUGCUGCCAUGGAGGAGUCUCAUCAGAAGGUGAUAGAUGAGCUGCAGAGGAAACACCAGAGAGAGCUGGAGAACCUGCAGGAGGAGAAAGAGCGACUGUUGGCAGAGGAGACGGCAGCCACUAUCGCUGCAAUUGAAGCAAUGAAAAACGCCCACCGGACAGAGUUGGAGAAGGAGCUGGACAAGGCUCGCAAGGCCAACAACAACACAGAAAAUGCAGACAUAGAGGAGAUCCGCAGACAGCAUGAGGAGGAGCUGUGUUCGUUCCAGCGGGAGAUCGAGGUGUUGUCGGAGCAGUAUUCCCAGAAGUGCCUAGAAAACGCCCACCUGGCCCAGGCGCUGGAGGCCGAGAGGCAGGCCCUCAGGCAGUGUCAGAGAGAGAACCAGGAGCUCAAUGCACACAACCAGGAGCUGAACAACCGUCUCGCAGCAGAGAUCACAAAGAUGCGCUCUAUGACGUCUGAGGACGGAGUAGGAGACACAAACACCACAAUACAGGGGAAAGAGCUCUAUGAGUUAGAGGUGAUGCUAAGGGUGAAGGAGUCAGAGGUCCAGUACCUGAAGCAGGAAAUCAACUCCCUGAAAGAGGAACUCCAAUCUGCCCAAAGAGACAAGAAAUAUGCAACAGAUAAGUACAAGGACAUUUACACAGAGCUGAGCAUCGUUAAGGCCAAAGCAGAGCGGGAUCUGGGCCGGCUCAGAGACCAGCUGCAGCUGGCUCACGAGGCACUCGGGGAGCCGUCGCUGGAGGAGGUGGAGCGGGGAGGUUAUGAUAUCAUGAAGUCCAAAAGCAACCCUGACAUCCUCAAGAUGGCGGCUGCUGCAGCCAAACGCUCAGAGCGCACCAUGAGGUCAAAGAGUCUAAAGGAAGGGCUGACAGCUGAGCAGAGACUCCACCUGUUUGAAAAUAAAGACACUAAGGAGUUCUGACAGUGUCAUGUCAUCUACCUUGCUGCAUGUUUAGAAGCCCACUAUAUUUUAGCUCUGUAAUUACUUAUUUAGUAACACUACACACUGGUCACAAAACACAGAUCAUAUUAAAAAAACAUGGUAUGAAGUUUGAAUUUCAUGUCUAGAUUUUGCAUUCCAUGCACUUCAGUUAACUGUGACUAUUUUUUGUAUCGUUUAUUUUUUGCUGCCAUGUCUUAUUGUAAAUACUGUUUUUAAUUAAGCAUAUGUCAUGCAUACACUAAAACUAUGACUGUGUAAGCUACUGUUUUAACUCCCUAGACUGUUGCUAGCCAAAAGCAUAAAUGUGAUGUUUUAUGGCUAAAUACAACUACAUAUUGAUGAGUGAGUAAUACUUGCAUUUAAAAAAAAAAAAACAACAACAUAGGAAUGAGUCUGGCAUUCAGGUCUGCACGUUGACGCUCCACCACUCUGUUAUCAUUCCAGCACAAAUGGAAAUGUUACUCAGUAAACAAGCUAUGAAACAAAAGUGCUUGUCCGCAUUAGAAAACAAACCCCUACCAUGUUACUUCAUCGCCUCACUUCUAAACUAACAUCAUAGAUGUUCUCUGCAAUCCUUGGAUCAAUCGGAGAUGCCAGUGGAAAGGCAACAGCCGAAUGCACAUGGAUGGGAUUCACUGAUUAUAAUUUAAAUAUAUAUAUGAAAAUUUAUAUAGUUUUUUUUUUUCUCACUGCAAUCAUCGGUCCAGCUGUAGAGGAGCUGUUGGAGUUGGUUAUGUUUGUAGUCUUGUUCAGUGGCAGUCCCUUUGUAUUUAUUGAAAUGGUUGGGAUUUUUCUUUCACAUUCCCAUUCCUCUGUACUCUAUUAUUGUAAAUAUAAAAGCAAAUAUACACCAACUGACUACAGGUUUAUUAGCAAUAAAUAUUUUUGCACCCUU